UCUAUGAUAGUCAAAAAUUAUUCGUACAAAUAUAGAAUGAUUAAAUUCUCUGUAAAUAUUUUUAUACACGGAUAAAGGUAUAUUUUAGAGAGUCAUGUAUUAUGUGAAAAGUAAUAAAGUUGAGAAACACUAUUUCAAUUUUAAAACGUAAACUUGUGCAGUUGUUACAACGCGCGGUAAAAGGAUCGUAAUUUUUGGUAAUGCUAAAAGAAUCAAAGUGAAGGUUCUAGUACCAUGAAACCGCCUUCGGAUACUUUUAUUUGUCCUAGAAAAAGUAUCUCCUUUUGCCCACGCAAGCUGGACAGUAAAACACAAAUCAAAACCAUUUAUCCUCAACAGUUUAAAAUUUACAAUGUGUGCAGUCCAUGUGUAUUGCAACCCAAAGAAACGAAGUUGCUCCAAAAGUUAUUAAAAUCAAGAGCCGUUUACGAUGAAACUAGGAAUCAAGUUUGUGAAAGUCUUACUAGUAUUGAUGGUAAAUGUGUGAAGAAUCUGUCACCAUGUGAAGCUCAAAAAAUUAAAGCAAUCGUCCAGUUUAUUAAUACUGUAGACAAAGGCGCCGUCCUGCUUCCCGUAAAGGACCGUAAACAAAUUUGUUGCAAUGAAAAAACAUCAUGCUCACGUCCGUGCUCACGAGAGAGAUCCAUUCAGGCCUGUGAGCCGUGCGCGGAAGUCACUCCCGAAAAGCCUCGCAAGCAGACAAACGUAUUCAUAAAACGAGUGGUCAAAAAAUGUUGCAAUCGAACUACGUGCGUGCAAGUUGAAGCUAUAGAAAGUGUUGAUGACGAUAGUCGUAGCGCUAAAGGCAAAAGCUCCUGUGAUACUAAGGACAUGAUGAAAUGUUUUCCCCUUGAAAAAGAACUGUUAAAUAGUUUGCCAAAAGAAUGUCGUAAGGUUGUGAAAAGCUGUACGAAACUAGAUUGUACGAAAGGUAAUGAUUUAAAAAUGCCGUGUAUUGCAAGAUGUUGUAUCAAGAAAAAACUUUGUGAUGACAAACCACUAGUACAAGUAAAGAGCAGCAAAAAUAUUGGAUGUCAAAAGGAGACCACCUGCAGGAAGGCGUCUCAAGCUAAAAUAUCUCUGUUUAAAAAGGGAACUCAUACCGAUCCUUUUCCAAAAGGAGGUUGUUGUGCUAAAGUCAAAGCUAAAUUAAAACCGAAGCCUUGCAUGAGUACCCGCUCUUUGAAUUCAAUUAUAAAGAGUAGAGAAAAAAUAUGUGGGAAACAAUGUCCGAAAAAAAUUGUUUUAAAGAAAUGCGACGUAUGUAAAUGUAAUAAAAAAACUCAAACCAAAAAAGUGGCAAAGAAAGAUGUGAAACAAAACGCGAAAGGAAAAAGCGCUAAGAAAAAUGCGAGUUGUAUUAAAUUGAACGUUGAAGAUAAGAAAAAAGAUAAUACAACAGCAAUUGUGUGUGUUAAGAUGAUUAAAGAUGAGAGGAAUCCAAAUUGUAUUCGCACGAAAAGCGAAACUUUUAGAUUUGGUACAUAUGUCGAUAAAUCACGCCCAGCAUGUCCUAUAGCUGUUUAUAAAUGCCGAAAAAAUAACACCAAACCGAAAUGUCGUUCGCAAUCCUGUAAUACUCUUGAAGAGAAUCAAUAUACGUGCGUACCAGCAAAAGUUAAGAAAUCCAAAAAGGGAAAGUGUCCUGGAGAAAAAAGUGGAACGUGUCCAGGUAAACAGAAACUGGAGUGUCCGGCAAAAGAAAAACCUGAUAAGAAGUGUUGUACAGCUAAAAAACACGAAACCUGUCCAGCAAAACCACCUAAAUGCCAAGUCGUUCGGAUCGGUUCUAAUUUCAGUUUUCACAUAGAGUUUUAUAAAAAUAGAACAAAAGAACGACGGCCAGCGAAAAGCGAUAAGAAAAGUUGCAAGAACAAAGGGUCCUCCACAAAAUGUGACCCGUCCCCAUGUAAAGCAAAUAAGGUGAAAACUGUAGCCACUGCAACUAAACCGAUGUGUUGUUCGGUGUGUUACUGCAUAAAAAAAUUUCCCCAGAAGAGUAAACCCAAACCGCCCAAACCACCCGCCCCAAGUUUUAACCCGACAUGUUGUUCAGUAUGUUAUUGUAUAAAACCAAAUCCUGGGAAACGUAAACCCAAAUCUAGUUGCUUGAACCCCAAACCGACAUGCUGCUCAGUAAGUUAUAGUGUUAAAGCCAAACCUCGGAGGUGGAGAUCCAAACCUGCCUGCCCCAAUUUCGAAAAAAGUUCAACUGUAUGUCUUAAUUAUUCUGAUAAUUGUCUGAAAGCGUAUUCUCAAGAAAAUAUUGUAAAUAAUUGUUGUUAUGAAAAAAACAUUAAAUAUCAAUGCAGAGUUUUACAGGCAUAUACACUUAAAAAUAUAUUCAAAAGAAAUAGACAUAAUCAAAUAGCUAAAGACUUCGUUAGGAAAUACAUCGAUAAAGAUAUUCACCCUGUUUUGCUACAAAAAAAUAGUCGUGUUGAAACUAGCUGUUCUGUUUGUUCACCUAAACCGAAGACAUUUUUUCGGACGGUGUGCUCGCCGUUUUUUCAAAUAGUGGAGCCUCUUAACUCCCCUAUAGUUAAUAGGCUUUAUCAGUUUUGUCUGCGACUUUACUUCUGCUUUACUCUACAGAUAAAUAGCAUUGCGAGCAAAUUUUGCCAAAUGGAACAACUCUUCGAUUCAGAUUUAAAAGUUACAGUAAAAGAAACGAAAAACGUUAUUUAUGAAACAGCUAUAAAUCUUUUAAGAAUUUUCAUUUUAACGUUUAUUAAUUAUUAAUUUAUUAAUCUAUUAUAUUUGUCUAAUGUUACUAAAUUGCAAGUUUAUUAAUUAAGUUCUUUAUUACCUAUCGUAAAAGUAUCUCGCGAUACCUAUUGAGAAUUAUAUCACCAUAAUACCUUCUAAAUUAUUAAUUAUUUCAUGGAUUAGACAAGUGGCUUUAUUAAAAGUUUGGAUAAAUUUAACUGAAUAAGUAACUAUUUAAAGAAAUAUUAAGAUUAGUAAAAGAGUUUAUGAUUAAAAAGUAAAAUUAUAUCCAUUUUUACUGUACAAUUUUUUUUGUUAAUAUCAGUUGCAAGAACUUUUACGAUACGUAUGUUUUGUCUUACACUGUAUUGCAAUCCACAAACAAUUUUAAUUUGG